AUUAUCAUAAACAUGUUAUCUUUUAUAUUGUAGUAUAUAAAGGUGAUCACAGAACAUAAAUUACAUAAUGGUACAGUCUUAGCUCUCUCUCUCCAUCUCUCUAAAUGGAGGAGACACGGAAGAAAGAAGUCAAGAGGGGAAGAGAUACGGCGGCGAAGGAAAUGCAAACGCCGAUGAUGAUCUCCGGAGGAGGCGAUAACGAGGACGAGUAUACUCCUGAAGAAAUCAUGCAGCUCGUCGAGUCUUCUUAUCCGACGACGAACAUCGACGGAACUAACUUUUCCGGCGAGGAUCAGAGUUUCAGAGUGAGGUUUAUCGACGAUCCGUACGCGGUUCCGGUGGUUGUUCAGUCAUCUACCGGUUACAUCACGAUCAACGUCAACGAGGAAAGCUGUGGUCCGUCGUUUUCAGACAGCAACGCUUCCGCCAUGGCAAGCGUCGAUGCAAGCGGUCUGUUCGGUUGCUGCCUCGGUUCGAACGGCGCGUGGAGUACAAACGACGUGAGAGCGAGUGAGAACGAGUGUGAGUGGGACGACGAAUUGCUGGCGAGGUUUCUAGGUGAAGACAGUGUUUGACCAAUGCGUCGUCUUGCGGAGAAAGCUUUUGAAUGUUUGGGGGUAUUUUGGUCAAUUCGAAGGACUGUCAUUAAGAUAAAAUUGAUUUGCAUGUUGUUAAUAGGUAGGUAGCAAGAAAAUGGAAAAUCAGUUAAUGGUAGUAAAAACUAGAAUAGUUAGCUAGCAUCUACCUAGUUUAAUGUGACCAUUUUGGUAAAUUAUGUCACAUAGUGGUGCGAAUGAGUAAUACCUUGAGG